AAUCAAUAAAACACUUUAUAAAUCUUAACUGUUAACUGUUUGAAAUGUUAUAGAAAUUUAUUAAAUUACACCACAAAUUUUAAAAAUUCUUCAUUUAAGUAUAAUUUAUUUUCCUUUAUGAAUAUUCUUAAAUAUCGAACAAAUGCAACUUCUCUGGAUAUACUUUCUUUUUAUUAAACGAACGUAACGUCUUAUAGAGUCUAAAAUCAUUUGUAAUGGGUACUAGAAGCCAUAGUAGAUGGUUUCACCCCAACAUCACUGGAGUAGAAGCUGAAAAAAUGCUGACAGAUCGUGGUCUGGAUGGUAGUUUUUUAGCUCGGCCAAGUAAAUCUAAUCCUGGUGAUUUCACGCUAUCUGUAAGGAGAAAUGGGGAAGUAACUCAUAUUAAAAUCCAGAACACUGGUGACUACUAUGAUUUAUAUGGAGGAGAAAAGUUUGCAACAUUAGCUGAGCUUGUGCAAUAUUACAUGGAAAAUCAAGGUCAAUUAAAGGAGAAGAAUGGUGAAGUCAUUGAAUUAAAAUAUCCUCUAGUUUGUGCUGAUCCAACCACUGAAAGGUGGUUUCAUGGACCUUUAUCAGGAAAAGAAGCUGAACGCAUUUUAAUGGAUAAAGGAAAAAAUGGAAGUUUUUUAGUCCGUGAAAGCCAGAGUAAACCGGGUGAUUUUGUACUGUCUGUGAGAACUGAUGAUAAAGUAACUCAUGUAAUGAUUCGCUAUCAGGAUGGUAAAUAUGAUGUAGGUGGAGGUGAAAAGUUUGACAGUUUGACAGAUCUGGUAGAGCAUUAUAAGAAAAAUCCAAUGGUAGAAACAACUGGGACAGUAGUUCAUCUCAAAAUGCCAUUUAAUGCAACUCGAAUUACUGCUUCAACAAUUGAAUGCAGAGUUCAGCAAUUAGCAAAGGAAAAUAGUCAGAGCAGUGGCAAAGCUGGAUUUUGGGAAGAAUUUGAAUAUUUACAACAACAAGAGUGCAAGCAUUUAUAUAGUAGGAAAGAAGGCCAGAAACCAGAAAAUAGGUCAAAGAAUCGAUAUAAAAACAUUCUUCCAUUUGAUCAUACUCGGGUAAUACUGCGAGAUGUGGAUCCAAAUGUUCCUGGAUCAGAUUAUGUAAAUGCCAAUAUAAUAACUCCAGAUGAAGAUACUACGGGUGAUGGUCCCAAAAAAUAUUACAUUGCUACUCAAGGUUGUUUACAUAACACGGUUGCAGAUUUCUGGUGGAUGGUUUGGCAAGAAAAUACUCGAGUUAUAGUUAUGACCACAAAAGAGAUAGAAAGAGGCAAAAAUAAGUGUGUCCGAUAUUGGCCAGAUGAAAAUCAAACAAAAGAAGUAGGAAAAUUUGUUUUGAAAAAUAUAGCUGAGUCAUCCACCACUGAUUAUAUAUUAAGAGAAUUCUUGUUAACUAAAGAAGAAUGUACAGAAACACGCACAAUUUAUCAUUAUCAUUUUACGGCUUGGCCCGAUCAUGGGGUUCCAUCUGAUCCAGGUUGUGUAUUAAAUUUUUUACAUGAUGUAAAUCAUCGCCAAGAAUCAAUUCCAGCUGCUGGUCCCAUUGUUGUUCAUUGCAGUGCUGGCAUUGGAAGAACAGGGACAUUUAUUGUUAUAGAUAUGAUAGUGGACCUUAUAAAAAGACAAGGUCUUGAUUGUGAGAUUGAUAUUCAAAGGUCCAUACAAAUGGUACGUUCUCAGAGAUCUGGUAUGGUUCAGACUGAAGCUCAAUACAAAUUUGUCUACUUAGCAGUACAGCAUUAUAUAGACACUUUACAGCAAAGAAUACAGGCUGAACAGAAAAGUAUCCAGUUGGGAAGAGAAUAUACUAAUAUUAAGUAUACAGCAGAAGCAGCCGGUGCAACUGAUCCUGUCAAAGUUGUUACAAAUGCUUCAGCUUGUGCUACAACUCUAAGUCCGCCAACGCCAACAAUGCCUCCUCUUGUUACUAGGUCUUCUUGUGAAAAUUUGAAACCACCUGUGCCUCCAAGACCUAGUCCAGAUUCAAUAGUACCAAGGCCCCCCGAUGAGCCCUUGCAAUUGUAUGAAAAUAUACCAUUGAAGGAUAAGCCUUUGGUAGUUCCUUUGACUGCAUCAUUCAACAUUGGGCCUCCUCCAACAAUAGCUCCACCUCCACCACCUCGAAAGUCAUGACAGUUCCUAACUCCAGAAUCUGAUAUUUGUGAAAUAGUUUCUGUAGAAAAUCUCCAGAAGACUGAAGUUGCCAUUUAGCUUAUCAUUGUGCAAUUUGUACUGAGAAUGAUUGUGUCACUGUGUAUUUGCACUAAAGGAUGAAGGAGCUAACCUUCUGCAUUGCUGUAAAGCAUUUGCAGUAUAAUACAAAGUGUGCAUUAUUGGCUAUUUUGUAGAAUUUAUAAAAGUGCUUUUGUAUAUAUUUAUGUUUGAAGUCAUUCCACUUUGGACUUCUUUUAGCCUUCUGUAAUUAUAAAUUUUGAGUCUAUAUAGAAAUUUCUUUGGGCAUUUUUGUUUUAGUUUUGGUAAACUGUUUAAGAAUAUGCAGUAUUUUUCAAAUUGCAAUUCCCUACCCCAGGUCAUUAUUUAUUUGAUAAAUUACAGAACCUUCAAGUCUUAUUUUUGUUAUAUGAUAGCUUCUUAGGAGCAUUUGUGUGCUUUUCCUUUAGCUUUACUAUAUUAGCAUUGUUACUAGAAAAGUUAUAUAUUUGUAUAAUUUUCUUUAUUUUUGUAAACUGUUACAUACAUUUUUUUAAUGAAAAAAAGUUUCUAUGGGUGAAAUUUACAAGUGAGACUAGGCUGUUGUGUUACAGUGUUGUGUAUAAUUGUGUAUUUUUAUAUUUUGUUUUUGUUUAUUAAACCAAGUCAGAAAACAUUUCAUACAUUUGAAAUUCUCUAUCUUUCUGUACAGAACUGUAUUUUUCAAAUGGGUAUUGCAUUUAUUUAUUUAUUUGUAAAACUUUGCUCAGUUAAUGGACUGCAAUUGAAAUAACAGAUCAUUUGGUAUCCACUUUAUAUGUAUUGUAUUACCCAACUUAACACUGGGCCUUAAAAUGUGGAGACUGUGCUCAAAUUGUAGCUAGAUGAAAAUUCAAAAUUUAUGAAAUGUAUUGUGUGAAACAGUGGUCAGAUCUUCAUAUAUUUUUUGUUGGUAUUAAUGCCAUUAGGCAUUUAUUGGCAUGGUAAAUGCCAACAAAUGCCUAAUGUUGGUAAAUGAACACAAUUUUAAUGAAUUUUGAUGAUUUUCAAUAGGAAUACUCCUGAUGAAAUUGAAAGCGCAAAUAAGCAAAAUUACUAAUACAAUGAAAAAGUAAAAUAAUGUUGAAUCUUAUAUAUAAAUAAGGAAUAAAGAUAAAAAUGUUCACAUUAACAGUGAUAGCCAAAUAUUAUGCAUUUUUUGCUAUUUUGCUUUUGUGUGUGAAUUAUGUUUUCAUAUUAUACAGUAAUUUUCAUAUAUUUUUAUAUCAGAUGUAUAAUUUGUUUACAGCUUUAAAAUAAUUAUUAGACUUGAAGAAUUCUCUGUAUAUGCUGGGCUUAAAAUUGUUUAUCCACCAAAAUUAAUAACAGAAUUUUUCUAUUUUCUAUUCCAUUAAAAUAUAGUGAAGUCUGUCAUCAUGAUAAGCUUUCUAUGGUUGGCAUAAAAAGUUCAUUGUGUAUCUGUUAUGAAGGAGGAGGAUCUAUCUGUAUGGUUUUCUUUUUUAAGGGCACAUUCUUGUUUGAGUAUAUUCACAUCUAGUUUAUUGCUAGAGUACAUUGCACAUUAAUGAAAUAAUCUUCAGAUUGUCAUUCCAUAUUGCUGCCUUGAUUGGUAUGAUGAUUAGUAAUGCUGGCUAUUAUAUCGUGGGACCCGUGCUCUAAUCCCAGAGAAGCAUAGAUGUUUGUAAGUGGUAUGCAGGCACUAGUUGAAGUACUGGUGAGACAAAAUUCUAAAUUUAUGAUUGCAUAUAAAAGCAUAUUAGAGGAAAGUAACCAUAACAGUUAACUUUUAAAUUAUUCCUUUUGGAUAAAACCAAAAAAAGAAGGGGGGAUAAUUAUACUCUUUCUCUCUCUCUUUCAUGUGUGCUCUUUCUUUCAUAUUUUAUUUUUGUUCUGAAAAUGAAGU